AUGCAGUUGGCGCUGGAGAUCGUUGGCGUUGGAGUUUCUGCGAACUCUACGAUAUCGCUCAUGAGAAAGUGGCACACAGCAGUAAAAUUCAUAAAGAAGAUCAAAAGAGCCUGGAUCGAACGAUUAGAUUUCACGCGACACGGGAACUCUAGCUUCUACGUCGAGGAGGACCCCGCAAUACCUGUGCUGCUGGAAAAUCUUCCAAUCCUGUCAAACGAGUAUGCGGACAUGGUAGACCUGGCUGCGAAGGAAACCCUUAGCGCCCAAGUCAUGCAGAUGGCCCUACACAAACUAUUCGAUGCGGAUCCUAGUGUUCUAGUGAUCGACCCAUCUAACAUUGGGAUUUCAAAUGGAGCCGUAACGACAGACAGUGAAUACUUUCAACGGGCGUUGGCUAGAGUCACGAAGAAGAUGAAAGUGCUGUUUCCAAUCAACUGCAACAACAACCACUGGUGCGCUGUGCUAAUGGAUAUGCAGAAGGGCAGAGUGUACGUCUACGACUCGAUGGCGUCCUCCUACGCUGCCAGCGUUCGUGCCGUGGCACAGAAGAUGAUCAUGAUGCUGCCAGAUGGAGUCAGCCCCAGUGCUCGCUUGGUGACGCACGAUCCCGGGCUUGGUGUCCAGAGCGACAGCUACAACUGCGGUGUGUACGUCUUGCUGGCAUUCGAAAUAUUCUGUGGGUCAGAGCCGCUCGGUCACCUCGACAAGAAGACUCUGCAAUGCAUGCGAUACCGCUAUUUGCGCAUGUGUAUGAAAGAAGAAGGAAGUAGCAAUAGCAGCAGCUAA